AUGAUUUCUCAAGAAGAAAAUUCUGAAAAUGUUGAACCAUUAGAAAAAAUUUAUAAUACAAGUUAUAAGAAUUGUAUUGAUUUUUUAACUGAGGACGCUCAACUAAAUAUUGAUUUAGGACAAUUAGAUAAACGUGAAGCUGUGAAAGUAUUCCCAGAAACCUCUCUACAAAGGUAUUUUGUGUACAGCAAUUUAUAUGAAAAAUUAAUAUUGGAUGCUGCCAAUAGGUGUAGAUAUUGCUGGAUGAUUAAGACACAAUGCCUUUGCGGCAAAUUAAAACCAUUCUCAUUUGUCCCGAAGUGGGUCAAGAAUGUUGAAUGCUCUGCAGACGUAUCUAGUAGUGACUCAUUACUGAAAAAGGUUGAGAUUAAUCUACAUUUACAUUUUUUAAUGCACAAGAAGGAAUUUCACAAAUCUACAAAUAGCGUGAAAAUUUUAUUGCAUACCGAUGCAACUCAAACAGCUCAUUUAUACAUUGAUCAACAUGAGAUGCAUGAGGCUGUCAUUAAGAAUCUUAUAGACGUGGCAUCACAACCAGGAAGCAAUCAAUUUGUUUAUAUUCUCUUUCCAUCAGCAGAUUCUCAAACUGUGGCCCAAAGUCUUCCUGAAGAUAUGAGUUCAUUUUUUGACCAAGCUAGAAACAAGCCCACUGGAGUUAAUGACUUUCAUUUCCAUGUAUUUGUUCUGGAUGGCACAUGGAAUGAGGCAAGAAUGUUGAACCGGCGAGAGUCGUUUAAGGGUUGUAAAAGAAUCAAAGUGGAUGUACCAACAGACUAUAACUAUGUUUUCAAGCUAGUUCGCACAGGAAAAGUUGAAGGACGAAUUAGCACACUAGAGGCAGUAACUUUAUUAUUGAGAGAUUUUAACAGAGUUUGCAAUUCUGAACUAUCGGUGAAUGAGAUGACCUUGAAAGAGAGCGAGGAAAGCCCUGAUUUUGAGAGCUCAAUUCAAUCCGUCUACGACAACUUGAAUACAAUGAUUGACAUUUCGGACGUGAAAUUUAGAAGACAUGGUUUGGUAAAAAAUCUUAAUCAAGCCAUUGAAUGA